AUGGAUUAUCCACAAUUAUUAUUUAUAAAGAUUGUUGGAAUAAAGAAUACAAAGUUAUUAUGUGGUACUGAUGGAGCAUUAGUUUGUGAUUUAGUAUUAGAUGGUGGGACUACAGAGUAUCAACCAUUCGAUAUUGUAUUAAGAAGACCAAAAUCGAAUAGUGGAAUUCAAAAGAAUACUUUUAUUUUCUCAUUACCUCAACCAGCAUCAAAAUUUACACUAACAUUUAAAAAGAAAUAUAAUAAUAGACCAAGUCAACAACAACAAUUACAACAACAAUUAUUAUUACAACAACAACAUAUUGCUCAACAACAAAAAUUAUUGGAAGUUGCAAAUUCAACUACAUCAAUAAAUAAUAAUGAACAAAGUGAUUCAACAACUACAACUCCGACAAAUAAUAAUAAUAAUAAUAGUAAUAAUAAUACCGAUCAAUCAAAUACAGAAAGUAUACCCACAACCACCACAACAACCACAACAACUACAACAACAACAACUACAACAGAAACUAAACCACCAAUUAUAACAAAUCAUAAUAAUGAAAUAUCAUUAGCAAAAGUAAAUGUAGCAUUACAAUAUUCAAAUUCGUUUAAUAGAAGAUCAUCAUAUAAUUCAUUAAAUCCACCACCAUCAUUAUCAUUAUCAAGAGAAAUUCAACAAUCACCAAGAUUAAAUGAAUCACAACAAAGUGAAAAUAAAAAUAAUAUAAAUAUUGAAAAUACUAAUGAAAAUAAUAAUAGUAGUAAUAAUAAUAAUAAUAAUAAUAAUAAUAAUAAUAAUAAUAAUAAUAAUAAUAAUAAUAAUAAUAAUAAUAAUAAUAAUAAUAAUAAUAAUAAUAAUAAUAAUAAUAAUAAUAAUAAUAAUAAUAAUAAUAAUAAUGAAAAUAGUAAUAAUAAUGAAAUUAAAACAAAUUCAUCACCAAAUUCAUCAACAAUUAAUAUUGUAGUGCCACAACAACACCAACACCAACAAACAUCACCAAUAAAUAUAAGUUUAAACCAACAACAAACAUUAUCACCAACAACAUCAAAUGGAUUAAUAUCAGGAUCACCAAAUUCAACCAUUUAUUCAAUGUCAACACCAAAUUCACCAACGACUGAUGCAAUUUUAUCAGGAUCACCAUCAUUUAUUGGAUACAAUGGUGGUAAUCGUUUCACUGGUAAUAAUGGUAAUGCUAAUGGUACUAAUGGUACACCAAUCUCAUCAUCUUAUUCAUUAUCAUCACCAACACUUGCAACUAGUAAUAAUCAUGAUGAUAAUUCAAAUGAUCAAACAAGUGGUAGUGGCCGUAUUGAAGCAAGUUGUAGAUGGUAUAAAUUAAAUUUAUUAAGUAGUAAUAUAGGUGGUGGUCCAAUUCAACAAAGUAAUAGUAAUAAUAAUAUUUCAUCAUUAAAUAAUCAACCACAACAACAACAACAACAACAACAACAACCAAAUGGUAAUGGUACAACUACAUUAGCUUCAUCAAAUUCUUAUCAAUCAUUUGCAAAUUUACAUACAAAUUUAACAAAUAGUGAAACAGAAUCAACAUUAUCAAAUGAUGAUCAACCAGAUAUUCAAUUAGAGAUAUCAUAUGAACAAUCGAAUAUGCAUAAUUUAGCAAGAAUUAAAUCCUAUCAUAAGGAAUUAUUAGAUUUAAUAGUUACAUCGAAAUUGGGAUUAGUUCAUUCAAUUUGUGAUUCGAUUGAUAUUACAGCGGCUCAGAUGUUGGCAAAAUCUUUGGUUGAUGUAUUUCAUACACAUCAUAAGUUAUUACACCUUUUGAAAUCAUUUAUAAAGAAAGAGGUAUCACAAUGUCAUGAUCCAGGUACACUAUUUCGUAGUAAUAGUGUAGCAAUGAAAAUGGUGGUUGCCUAUGGUCUAAAAUCAGCCCAACACUAUCUACAACAGACUCUAACACCAUUGGUGGUGGAUCUUUGUAACUCACCACUCUCAUUAGAGGUUGACCCAAUCAAAUUAUCGCCUGGUGAAGAUAUUGAAAUGAAUAUAAAGAACUUGAAAAUAGUUUCACAGAAAUUCUUUGAUCGUAUCAUAAAUUCAAUCGAACAAUGUCCAAAAUCCAUCAUUGAGAUUUGUUAUUACUUUAAGAAAAUAGUGUCGAGGAAAUUCCCAACCCAUUGGAAAUCGGCGGUUGGUGGAUUCAUUUUCUUGCGUUUGUUUUGUCCAGCUUGUGUAUCGCCCGAGGGUCAAGCUAUUAUUAGUCCGGGUAGAGUUGGUAUUACCGAGAGAAGAUCAUUGAUUCUCGUGGCUAAAUGUCUUCAAAAUUUAUCGAAUCAAGUUUUAUUCAAUCAACCCUACAUGGAGACAAUCAAUGAUUUCAUUCAUAAUAAUUUACCAGCCCUUGAUGAUUUCUUUAUGAAAUGUGCAUCACGUCCAACCGAGGAUCAAACCAUUGAUGGUAUGUUUGUAAGUGAAGAAUCCAUUUUUGAAGGUAUAGUUUAUCUUCAACAAUUUAUCGAUAAAAAUCAAGAAAAACUCUUUAAAAAUUUAGAAUCAAAUCAAAAUAUAGCUCAAGUUGAUAAACCAAAACCAGAGAAAAUUAUGGAAGCUGUUGAUGCUUCAAAAAAAGCAGUUUUAUCAAAUUCAAAUUUAGUUUUAGGUAAAGCACGUUCAAAUUCAAGUGGUUCAAAUAAUAUUUUAUUAAAUGGUAGUAAUGGUUUAAAUAAUAGUAGUGGUGGUAUUGGUGGUAGUAGUAGUAGUAAUGGUGGUAAAGAUUCUUCACAUAAAAAAUCAAGAUCAACAACUGAACCAAAAGAAGGUAAAUCUUGGUCAAAAAUUAAACAAAAUGUUAUAACUCCAAUUAUUUCAAAUUUUCCAAAAUCAUCAUCAUCCUCCUCCUCCUCUUCAAAUAGUAGUGGUAGUAAUGGUAAUGGUAAUAUCAAUAAUAAUAGUAAUAUAACAUCAUCACCAUCAAUUAGUUCAUCAAAUGGUAGUGUAAAUCCACCCCAAACAUCAUUAUCACCACCACAACCAUCAUCUCAAGAAGAAGAAAUUAAAAUUUUAAAUUAUGAUUUUGAAUGGGAUAAAAAAUCAAGACCAGUUCAUAUUGUAGUUAGUACAUUACUUAGAAAUAUUACAAAUUUAUUAAAAUCAAAUAAGCUAUCAGAUACUCAAUCAUUAAAGAUGAAUGGUCAACCAGUUCAUUGGUCAGCAAUUCAAACAACUAAUGAAUUUUCAAAUUUCUCAAGAGAAACUAAUGAAUUACAAAGUGUUUAUUUUGAAAAUAUGCAAGCAGAUUAUAUUACAGCUGUAUUUAUUAAUAUUUUCAAUUUGAUGAUGGUUCAUUUACAUUUCCUAAUUGGACCACCAAAUUCAGAGAUGAGAAGAAAACAAUAUUUCACUUAUCGUUAUAAUGUUAGUGGUUGUUUAUAUUCAUUAUCAGAUAUUCAACAUGGUAUACUAAGAGGUAAUCCAAAGAAUUCGCUCUCAAGAGUUCGUCAAAUUAGAGGUGGCGAUAAGAGAAGACAAUAUGUAAUUUCAACAUUGGAUCCAAGAAUUCAUUUCGCUCUAUUCGCUGUCAAUAUCACAAUUCCAUGCAUGAGAAUUUUCUCACCAGAGACUGUCGUUGAAGAUUUGCAUAAAUGUGGUGAAGAGUUUUGUUCAUCAAAGAUCGAUAUUUGUAUAAAGAAAAAGGAGAUAUCUUUACCAAAGGUUUUCUCACAUUAUGGCACUGAUUUUGGUAAAAGUCGUUCAGAAAUGUUGAAAUGGGUAUUCCAAUUUUUAACAGCAACUAAAAGAACUGAACUCUUGGAAUUGCUAGAGAAACCUUCAUUCCUUUGUUUAUAUAGAAGUGAAAGUUGGAAUCCAAUAAUUUACAAAACUAAAUUCAUCAAUGAUUUAGAUGAAAAAAUCACUACAGAGAAAGAAACUGAAAAGAAACAACAAGAAAAAGAUAAACUUUUACGUAGAAAAUCAAGAUCACUCACUCAUGGUAAUCGUUCUUUAACUAGUAAAAAAGAUUCUUCAGUAUUAAUUCAAUCUUUGAAACAAUCUUCAAAUCAUUCAACCAAACAAAUUCGUGCUUUAUUAAAUGAAAUUGUAAAAGUUAUCUCUGAAUCUAUAGAUUUAUCUUACAUUAUUAAAAUUGUCGAUAUUUUAAAGAGAACAACUAAACAAUUAUCUUUUAAUGAAUGGCAAAAAAGUAAUGCCUCUGGUGGUUCAAAUGGUGGUAGUUGUUCAACUACAACAAAUCAAACUCAACAUCAUGGUGAAGGUAGUAAUGGUCAACAACAACAACAACAACAAUCAAAUAAUAAUACAACUACUACCACUACUACUACUACCACAACAACUGUACCAAUACUUACAAAACAAUCAACAAGAUUAUUUGGUAAUACUCAAAUCUAUUGUUUAGCACCAAUUAUUUUAACAAAUCAAUUCACAUUACCAUUAUCAGAGUUUUUCUCAAUAUUAUUUACAAUUGAAAAAGAGUUGAAUAAAUUUUUAGAUUUCAUGGAAAUCGCUUCUUUUGUUCAAUCAAAUGAUAUCUCAGAGUUAUUAUUGGAUACUUUAAAUGAAGUCACAAAUGAAAUGGAACAAUUAAAAAAUACUUAUGAUUUAGUUACACCUUUGAAAUUAAUUUUAAAACAAUCUUUAAAUUAUUUUAGUGUUUCAAUUACUACAAAAUCUCAACCUGUAACUCCAAAUGAAGAGAAUUUAUUAGCAAAUAUUUUACAAGAGUUUGGUUUAGAUGAUUUAAAUAUUAAUAAUAAUAAUAAUAAUAAUAAUAAUAAUAAUAAUAAUAAUAAUAAUAAUAAUAAUAAUAAUAAUAAUAAUAAUAAUAAUAUAACUACAACUACUACCACAACUACGUCUACAACUAAAAGUACAACUAGUAUUUCAUCAUCAUCACCAUCAUCAUUUUCAUCACAAUCAUCUUUAUCAAAUUCACAACAAAAUUCACCAACUUUAACAAGUAAAAGACAACAACAAUUAAAUUUACUUUCUGAAAGAAUAGCUGAAAUUGAAAAGCAAAUCGAUAAAUCCGACUCAAUGCAAUCAAUUAAUCCAAUCAUUCAAAAGGUUAAGAAAAUUGGAAAAUUAUUAUCAUUGUAUGAUGAACAAGCAAUGGGUAGAUUCUCACCAAGACCAUUAUCUUCUUCAAUAAAUAAUAUUAAUAAUAAUAAUAUUAAUAAUAAUAAUAGUAAUAAUACAACUACUACUACCACAACCUCAACUAUCCAUAAAUAA